CCUCGACCUCGCCUAUUUAUUACUUCUCCCAAAACCCUAGCUUCGUUCAGACAUCAGAACGCAGAGGCGCCGCUUGCAGCUGUUUCUCCGACCAUGGGAGCAUACAAGUACGUUUCUGAGCUAUGGAGGAAGAAGCAGAGCGAUGUCAUGCGAUUUCUGCAGAGAAUUCGCUGCUGGGAAUACCGCCAGCUCCCCUCCAUUGUUCGGCUCACCAGGCCCACUCGCCCUGAUAAGGCCCGCCGCCUUGGUUACAAGGCCAAGCAGGGCUUUGUCAUCUACCGAGUCCGUGUGAGGCGUGGAGGCCGCAAGAGGCCCGUGCCAAAGGGUAUAGUCUACGGAAAACCGAAGAACCAAGGUAUCACCCAACUGAAGUUCCAACGCAACAAGCGUUCAGUCGCCGAGGAGAGAGCUGGCAGAAAGCUUGGUGGCCUGAGGGUCCUCAACUCCUACUGGAUCAAUGAGGAUUCAACCUACAAAUACUUUGAAAUAAUCCUUGUUGAUCCCGCACACAACGCCAUUCGGAACGACCCCAGGAUUAACUGGAUCUGCAACGGCGUUCACAAGCACAGAGAGCUUCGUGGACUCACCUCUGCCGGGAAAAAGUACAGGGGACUUCGCGGCAAAGGCCAUCUCCAUCACAAAGCAAGGCCCUCUCGCAGAGCAACCUGGAAGAGGAACCAGACCUUGUCGCUCCGCCGAUAUCGCUAAGACUCCUCCAUCCUCAACCCUCACUUUCGAUCAGUUUGUUCUGUUGAUUUCCCAUAAAACUAUUGAACUUUUGUUCCAUCUUGUUCCAGUGAGUAUUUUAUAUGCUUGAAUGAUGAAACUGUAGCAAUGUUGCAGAGUUUUUGAGUUUAAUGGCCUUCUAUUCUUAUUUCUUUUA